AUGUCAGGGGGUAGAAGUCUUUGGCGCUCAUUUGCUGAAGAAAGGCUUCUGUGGGUCGCAGGUGGGGAUGGCCUGGAAGCCAAUGCUCUAGUUGUGGCCGGCGAACGUCGGAUCUCUUGCUCCCAGGUGCUAUGCUUGGAGCAGCUGGACAUAUCGGCAAACCUGAAGCUUCAGCUGCCCUUUUUUGCCAACGAGCUGCUGGGAGCUGUUCAUUUACAUGGACCGCUUGGUCUGGACACCAUCCUAGAUUUCUGUCACCACUUGCAAGCGGUGUUGGAGGAGGUCGAGAAGCACCAAAGUGUGUGCCUGACUUGCUCCAGGCGACCUGGAGCGGUGGCAAAUUCGCUUCUGCUGUUGGGCGCUUUCUUGAUCCUCGAGAGAGGCUAUACAGCAGACAAGGUGAUGCGGCUUGUGGACUCGUCAAACGGUGGAGCCAUUCCGACUUCCGAGCUCCGCUUCCCUACACCAUUCUUGGAACAACCAAACUUCACUGAAGAUUCGUUGAUGCUCAGCGAUUGUUUCGUUGGAUUUGAGAUGGCAAUUAGCAAAAAAUGGCUUGACAAACAAGCCAUAGAAGAGCGGCGGCAGGUUGCCAUGGCCUUCGAUGCUGUACCUGUCUUUUCAGUGGUCCUGCAAGGUCAGCCGAAUGAGAAACUGGCUGCAGUGCACUUUUGGAUCGCUGCGGACCCGGUCACCACAGUGGAGGACCCGUCCGACCGUGAGCAAGACCUAUUGAAUGUUGAUGCAAAUGAUCAGCUUGCUGAGCUUGCUUGGUCGCCAACAUCUCCGCCUGCGCAUUCCCAUUUUUCAAGAGCUGUGUCAGAGCCCUCUGGUGAUCUGACCCCGUCGCAUCUGGCAACUGCGGUGCGAAUCUUUAAGAGCCAUGAUCACUUGCAUACUUUGGAUGAGGAAGGAAAGGUGGGAGAAAGUCCCAAACAUGUUUGGGCUCAUCAUGCGCAUGUCUUUCCAGCUCUCUCAAUGCCGAGCUCGCGUGUGAACACCAAACUGCCGACCAAGGUGCACACUGUGACGAAAGAUCAAUUAUUGAAACGACCUGCAAAUCUUCCCAUUUUUGCCAGCUUUCUGAAGCAGAAAGUUCGUUGCACUUUGCUUGCAAGAGCAAACUUUCCCACCGAGCGAGGUAUGCCGGAUACUGGAUCCUAUGACAGUUUCUUUGAAAGGUGGGGUAUCAAUCAGCUGGACGUUCCGUUUGCCGAUGGUACUGCGCCACCAAAAAAGCUGGUCUCGCAGCUCAUCUCAUCAGUGGAACAGCUGCUGAAAGGGAUUGCUUUGACUGAUGGUCCGGAGGACACCGGCGAGAGAUGCAAACCUGAGUGUGAUGUAGUCUCGGUAGUGGUUCACUGCAAGUCUGGCCUGGGCCGGUCGAUGGCGCUGCUGGCGGCUUUGGCGAUAGCCUUUUGCCCAGGUCUGACCGCUGGAGCCUUCUUUGGUUGGGCACGGUUGGUACGACCUGCUUGCCUACAGACUCCAAUGCAAGAACGAUUUCUUAGAUCGCUGGAUGAGACCCCGGACUGCAACUGCUUCUUUGCAUGUUUCAAGAGCAAGAAAGUCACGUCCCCCACGGUGAUCUCUGGCGGAUCUCAUGGUACAACAGAUACAACCAUCUCAGUCUGA